ACUAACCAUGGAACACCCACGUCCGUUUCUCCCUGAAGAACUCGGGGUAGAAAUCUUAUCAUGGCUUCCAGUAAAAUCCUUAGUGCGAUUCAGGUGUGUUUCUAAGUCAUGGAACUCUACUAUCUCUGAUUCUCAGUUCAUCAAACUUCACCUUCACCGAUCUUAUUCUACAAGAAACUUAGAUUUGGCCCACCUCCGCUCACUGAUAACUUUGCCAUUGGAAAACCGUCCAGCAAUUGUAGAAACAAGGCCAAGUUGUCUUUUAGAGUACGGCUUCGUUGAAACCUUCAACGGGUUAAUUUGUUUGCGUUUUGUAUCAGAAUAUGACCGUGAACUUAAACACUACGUCUCUCGUGUCCGUUUAUGGAACCCAGCCACGAGGUCAUCGUCUCAACCUUCACCACCUCUAAUUCACCCCACCACCUGUUGUUAUUUUGGGUUUGGUUGUGAUUCUUCAACUGACACCUACAAGGUGGUGGCAGUGAUGUUCUCUCAGCAUCGGUUCGAUCAAGAUCGGGAGAAAACGGUGCAUGUUUACAACAUGGGUGCUACUUGUUGGAGAACAAUUCAAGUUCCCCUUCUUCCCUGUAUGGAUCAUGCAAGUGGUGCAGUUUAUGUCAGCAACUCUCUUAACUGGGUAGUAGCUCUAACUUGGGAUGUAAUAAUCUAUGGGAAAGGUGAAUUAUUUAACUAUGAUCCGUACAUGAUUUUUUCGUUUGAUUUGGGAGAAGAAAAAUGUGUACAACUGUCAUUGCCUUAUUGUUCUCGACGUAGAGAUGAAUUCAACGAUUUUAUGCCAACUCUUGGGGUUUUGAGAGGUUGUCUAUGUAUUUGUCAAACUCAAGACAAGAAGAUACAUUUUGAGAUUUGGCAUAUGAAGGAGUUUGGAGUGCACGAGUCUUGGACUUUGUUGUUUAACAUUGCUAACUAUGAAAGUAUUACUCGAAAUAUAGAUCGAUGGCCCUGUCUUACAAUGUACAUGUCUGAGAAUGAUGAUAUCUUGUUGUUGUCAAAAUCUAUUUAUCACCCAUACGAAGCACAAGCAGUUCUCUAUACACACAAAGACAAUGACUUACAAGUCAUGAACAUUGCUAAAGACAUUGGUGAUUUCUAUGCCAAUAAUUACAUUGAAAGCUUGGUUUCACCUUAUUAAAAGAGUAUUAAGAGAGAUGGAGGAAUGCUUGCUUCAGAUGUUGGAUGACUUUGUCACUCAGAAUAGCAUAUUGGAUCUUUACUCUUUUGUUUCCUUGCAUCUCCUUGUUGACCGAAGCUAUAUAUCAAUGAAUGCUAUCAUGUUAGCAAUAAUAGAUAUUAUAAAUAUGCUUUGCUAAAAUUUAUUCAUGAUGGAUUGGAGGGAAGUGUCAAAUACUAUUCUUUCACAAUUUCUGUAGUUGUUCUGGCUCCUCCCUUCACAAGACUAGUCUUGUUAUAUCUUAUGAUCAUCACUUUACUACUCAGAAAAUGGGUGAGAUUAAUUGAUCAAGUUAUUUUGUCUGAGCUACCAACACCAGCUCCAUCAUGUUGUUCCCUUGAAUCCAAAUUUUUACUUUUUAACAACUGAGAAAUUCCCCUUUUGGUCUCAAAGUCCAUCUUACCAUCCUAUAAACCAACGCUCUCCAACUCCAAGCUGUCAUUUUUUCCAACAUUUUUGUACAUUUCAUACAUACAAUUACAGUGCCUAGUUUCAUCUCCAAGAAUUGAGAGAAGAAGAAUUAGGAAAGUCUGAAGCAUUGCCUUUCAUAUGGUUCAAAAUAGUAAAGUAUUUUGG